AUGCAUGCUUGUUGGUAUCAACAGGACCUCAUUCGAUCACCGAGGCUUAAGCAGGAAGAAAUAGAAAUGAAUCAACAAGAUGAUGCUUCUACGUCUAGCCAAAUCGUGGAUCCUUAUUUUACUGAUCAACAUGGAGAUGAUCUGAAUGAUGAUGACGAGCAAGAUGUUCAAGACCCUUUAGAAAGGAAACGGACGGCACACUCAAUUGCUGAACAGAAGCGACGGGAUGCGAUUAAGAAAGGGUUUGAAGAUUUACAAACGCUUUUACCAACGCUUCGAAAUAGCAGCAACGCCGGACAAAAACAUAGCAAAGCAAUCAUAUUACAACGGGCCGUAGAGUAUCUACAGUAUUUAACUGAAGAUAGAAGAAAAUUACACGAACAAUUAGAUCAAUUUCGAAAAGAAGUUAUGGCCUUGGAAAUUAUGAAAACAAACUACGAACAAAUUGCUCGAGUACAUAAUCAGCCACAACAAGAGAGUGGUAUCACUGAUGAAGAGCAAUUUGAUGCGGUAAAGCUUGGCUUAGGAUGA